ACGCUGCAGUUUUCAGUUCAGUGUUCAGUUGUCGUACGUUCAAGGACAGCCAGAGUCGUGCUCUCUUCUGUGGCGGUCGUUUUGUUUACAGCAGCCGACCACUGUAAACUUAGAUUCUCCCGGAUUUAACCCGACCUUUUACUUAGUUCUAGGGUUCCCUCGCUGUGCUACUCAUUUCCGACUGUUUUCGUGGUUUUUACAUGUGUUACUGAUUGCUUCGCUAUUUGGAUUACUGUUCAUCUCAAGGUGGCCGAUGUGAUGCGUCUGUAGCCGCUCAGCGCCCGUGGCUGGACCAACGAUCAAAAUGGCUUCAAGGACGUUAAGGCUCAUAGUCGCUAUGUUGCUGGGAAUAGUUCCUUCCAUGUGCCUGGACAAAGCGGACCCCAGGUUUAUCAGCUAUGAAGAUAUCAUGUCGACCGCCAGCGUAUUCUCGGAGCCCGGGGUCACCGCUUACUCGCAACUUCUUUUCGAUGUCGGCAGGGAUCAAGUGGUCGUCGGCGCCAGAGACUCUCUUUACCGGCUGAAGUUGCAAGAGCUAAAGAAGCUGGAGAAGGCAGUGUGGCUAGCACCUCCCGACAAAGUACAACUGUGCCAGGACAAGGGCCAGACCGAACAAGACUGCCACAACUACGUCAAGGUUUUGCUCAGCAAUGGCAAGAAACUCUUCACUUGUGGAACAAAUGCCUUCACACCUCAAUGCUCCUGGAGAGAGAUGGAGGAUGUAAACCGAGUAACAGAAUGGGUCCAAGGCGUGGCCAAGUGCCCUUACAGUCCUCACUCAAACAUUACGGCCCUGAUGACCAUGUCAGGCCAAUACUUCGCUGGGAGCCCCAUGGACUUCUCUGGGGCCGAUGCUGCUAUCACCAGAGAUAUGGGCCCUGCUGGCCCUUACCUCCGAACUAAUCAGUACAACUCCAAGUGGCUCAACGAGCCCCAGUUUGUCGGCUCCUUCGAGACCGAUGCCUUUGUGUACUUCCUCUUCCGUGAGAGCGCCGUCGAAUACAUCAACUGCGGAAAGAGGAUCUACUCUAGAAUAGCCAGGGUCUGCAAGAAUGACCAGGGUGGGCAACUCAUGUUGAGGGACAACUGGACAACGUUUCUGAAGGCCAGACUGAACUGUUCUCUGCCAGGAGAAUAUCCCUUCUAUUUCGACGAGAUACAAGGCAUGACCUAUCUGCCUGAUGAAGGCUUGGUCUACGCCACGUUCACCACACCCAGAAACAGCAUCCCAGGUUCAGCAAUUUGUUCAUUCAACCUGACAGCAAUUCAGACAGCAUUCAAUGGAGCAUUCAAGUACCAAGCAUCAGUAGGGUCGGCCUGGGAGCGCCAUUCAACCGCAGGAUCCAGGCAGACACAGUGUCAGCAGACGACGCAGUCAGUGCUGCAGUCCUCGCGCUACCAACUGAUGGACAGUGCAGUGCAGCCAACCUCGCAGACACCACUGUACACCAGCCAGCUAGAGACCAUCCUGCAUAUUGCUGUCGAUGUUCUGCCCACCAAAAUGCACAGGGCUGUCCACGUUCUUUACGUAGCGACCUUUGAAGGAUUGAUCAAGAAGAUAUCCGUUCUUUCCCGAACUCAAACCACUUGUGUCCUGGAAAUUUGGAGACCAUUCCCAAUCGAUGCGAAUGUGCCUAUUCUCACACUUCAAUAUCUGAAGGAGACUGAUUCAGUGUACAUUGGCACCCAAGAGCAGCUGAUGCGGGUGCCAGCCCAGCACUGCUCUCGGCACCAGACUAAACUAGCCUGUGUCAACGCCAUGGACCCGUACUGCGGCUGGAACGAACACAAAGAGCGCUGUGUGCCCCCUCCAAAUAACGACCCUCUCACUUCUAUCUGGCAUCAGGAUGCUACCCAGUGCCCCAUACUGAACAUGCCAAUUUCUGGAGGUUGGUCAGCAUGGUCUGCCUGGGCGCAGUGUUCGCAUGCUACCUACAACGACUCGACAGAUGAGUGUCUCUGCUCCACCCGCAGAUGUGACAAUCCGGCACCAACCCAUGGUGGCGAUAGCUGUGUCGGUCCUGCCAUUAGAGUUGCCAACUGCACAGUACACGGAGCCUGGAGUAGUUGGUCAGCCUGGUCUGCCUGCUCACAGAGCUGUGGGGUUGCGGUCAAGACACGUAGACGGACAUGUGGCAACCCUGCCCCUGCCUUUGGUGGGCGUGUCUGUGUCGGCUCGGACCGCUACGAGAUGUACUGCCACUCUAACCCUCCAUGCCCUGCGGUGGUAGUACCAGUCAGGGAUGGAGGCUGGAGCAGUUGGGGACCAUGGAGUGAAUGCUCCUCUCGGUGUGGCGGAGGCUACCGAACCCGCACACGCCGCUGUGACAACCCUCCGCCCCAGAGUCCUGGAGGCUUGGACUGCCCUGGUUGCGCGCUGGACUAUGAGACUUGUAACACCGCAGCUUGUGUGGACAGCAAGCGACUCUCCUCAUGGACUCCCUGGAUACCGAUUGGUAACGGUACAGAGAAACGGUUCAGAUUUGCCUGCCGUGCUCCCAGCCCCGACCCUAGCCUCAUCAAGGUCACCCAAGCCAAGGAAGAAGAGCGGAUCUGCCAACCCGAUGGAGUAUGCAUGAGAACUGAUCGUUCCGAGGUGGAAGAGGUGUGGUCUGACUGGUCCAGCUGGUCUCCAUGCUCAGUGGAGUGUGGCGGAGGCCAGCAGUACCGAGUGCGGACAUGUGAGGGCCGCCCUGACGAUUGCCAAGGGACUUCUCGAAUCGCCCGUACUUGCAACACUCACAACUGCAAAGGAGAAUGGAGUUGCUGGACCGAGUGGUCAGAGUGUUCAGUGUCCUGUGGGAUCGGAUACAAGCAACGUUCCCGCCAGUGUAUGGUUCACAACAACAGAGUUCUGGAAGGCUCCGGGUGUGAGGGGUCAGCCAUUAGCCAGGAGCCUUGUGAGAUGCCCACCUGCCAAUCCCUGCUAGGAUGGACGACAUGGUCGGUGUGGUCACCAUGUGACAGUUCUCGGCAGCAACAUCGUACCCGAGACUGUCUCACUUCGAAUCCUGGCCCUGAUCUCUGUCAAGGUCAACACCGGGAGUCCCGGAUUUGUCUGGAAGAUGAUGAUUUUAACGAGAUUACACCCCAAUUGGCAUUGGACAGAGCGAGCGUAGGAGUUUCGUUUGGCUCAGUGUUUGCGUUCUGUCUGCUGGCGUUUGCAGUGGGUGCAGGACUAGCCGUGGGUCUCGGUUACGUCUAUCUGCAGCGGCGUCGCCCCAGAAUACCCAGCAGCCCUCACUUCAUCUCUACCAAGCAGAACUCCUACGUCACAGUGCCAUUGAAGGAGAUGCAUUCACCGAAAAGGACACCAUCGUUUUCCGCCAAGAACGCCUCACUGUCCAAUGGCACUCCAAAACUUUUCGCAAAACUGCCAGUGGACUACGAAACCGCCACGAUAAAGCGGAACAGCCACAGUAUGGCCAACGGGCACAUACGAGCAGAUCUUGAACAGGACAAGUUUUUCUGAUUGACAAAACUAGAUGAGAUGUUUGAACAGAGUAUUCAGACUUGCUGGGUUCGAGGAGGUUGUGGAAUAUCUCAGUAAGACUUUGGUGCUAGUCAUAUAAGCGUUCGUAGAUGAAUGUGAUAACUGAACAUUAACAAAUCCACAUAGUAUCAAUAUACAUAUCUUGGUGCUUUUAGAUCAACAUCCCCAUUGUAAAUACCCAUUUUCAUACAAUUUUUUAUAUAAAUUUAUAAAAUGUUAUGAUAAGUAAGAUAUGUACAAAAAUCAUUUUGAUUGUAGGGAGUUAACACAUUAAGAGAAAUGGACAUUAAUUGAUAUUUUUACUAUAUUGUUAUUUUGUAGAUAAGGAAGCACGUGUUUUUAAAACCGCUGUGCCAAAAUGAUUCAAGAAUGAUUAUGCUGUGAAAAUAUAUACUGGGAUAAAUUAAUAGUAUUUGACAAAUUUACUACUAUUAAAUAAAUACUUUAUAGGUAAAAAUCGAAAAAUUAUUUUUUAAUAUUCUUUCCAAAGUUGAAAAAUUUUUAUGCAGACUUAAGUUGAGUGAAUUAUGCAGCUUUAACAUAGCUUGCAGGAAUAAUAGAUAUCGUACUCUGCGGUAUAUGUCUCACAGCAUAAUCAAAUUGUUUCACUAAACAAAACAAGACUGUAAUGUAUAUUGGGGCCAAUUAAUAACACUAGUAAAGUACUUAAUGUUGCUGUUGCUUUGUGUAACAAUUGUAACAUUUUAAUGACAAUGUUGUAGAUAGUUACAAAUCUUUAGAACUUCAUAGUGUCUGCCUUUAUUACCCAAGCAAUAGCCUAUGUUGAUUAAUAAUAAUUGCUCAAUAACAUAUUCAAUCUAUUGUUUUAGUGCUUGGAUUGAGCAGAUUUCAGUAAACUGCUACUGUGGCCUGAUAUUAGAUAUAUAAUCCAAUAUUGACAAAUAUGUUUGUAGUUUAUGACUGUUUGUAUAUGUACUUAGUCUGUAUUUAAGUACAUUUAAAAUUUCAGGUAUUCUUUUGUAUUGCCAGGAUGUCAGUCUCCAAAAUGUAUUGCUCGUAAAAAAAAUUGUUGAUUGAUAAGCAGUUUCGAUAAGAAUAGCCCUUUCCAUUAGGCAAAAUUGGGGGGAAAAUACUGGCAAUUGACCAAGAUUCAUCAAAAAUUUGAAGUGAAAUUUAAUUUGGAAAAUGAUUUGUGAACUUUCCAAUGUAUUUCGUAAAGUGUGGUAAAGGUAACUCUGAUCAUAUCAACUUUUACUACUUUUAAAAUUGAUCAAUGUUUGAUGGAGAGGUGUUCAUUUAUUUACUAUUCUGUGUGUUUCCUUUAAUUUAUGCCAAUUAUAUGUCAUAUUACUGAUGUUUAUAAAAUAAAGUUGUUUCUUUCUAGCCAGUCAGUAAUAUUUCAAACACAUCUACCUUUCUUCUAUCUAUUUUCAAACUAUUUUCUUGAUUAUUCCAAAUUUUUCUUUUACUGUUUAUUGUAAUAUAAAACCUAUGCCAUGUAUCGAGCAAGUCUAAAGCUUCAUUAAAUAGUUUAGUAGUGUAGUCUGAGGGUUUAAUUUAGUACCUAACUACAAUAAAUUUGAUAAUCACUGUCACUUGACCCUGGAAUUUUCCUCUUGCAUUAUUACUACUUUUUGAAUGAUAUGGUAUGUUGUUGAAUAUAAAGCUAUUAACCAAAAAAGUAAUAAAUUUUGACCAUAAGACUAAAUAUGUUUUAGUGGAGUUAGUUGACUAAUAAUAAUAAUAAUAAUAAACAAUUUUAUAGUGCCUUUGUAAAUGUUAAUAGUUUUUGUAUAUUAUGUACAUAUUUUGUUUGUAUAGAUAUUUUAUUAUUUUGUAUAGAUUUAUACUAUAUAGGUUCAAGCUAAGUCCGUAUUGUCUUUUGUGAAUCUGUGAUUGUGUUUUUUGACAAUAGGAUUAUAUCUUUUCAAGAUUUCCAAUAGAAUUAAAGAUGUUAACCCUUAUGUACCAAGUCCCAAAAAGUAUCAACUCUUUUUAUUUUCUAAGAGUAUCACUUCUUAGUUCUGUUAUUUAAAAAAUUAAAUUAGAUAUACAUUUUUACAAUAUUAGUCUUAGCCAUUUAACAAAGUAGUAGUAACCACAUACUCCAUGUUCUGAAACUAACUAUUAUCCUUGUAUAGCGAAAAUUUGAUUUAAAAAAAUGACAUUUUAAUAGUAAAGACAUUAUCCAAUAAAUUUUGCCCUGUUCAUUUUCAUUUUUGCAAGGCCUUUGUCAUUAUCUAAAUUAUCAAAUUUAAUUUGUAAUAAUUGUUAUUUCUGGUUUAAUACAACAAUGUGGUACUAUCAUUAUCAAAAAUUAAUACACACCAAAUUUGUAAUAAUUAUACUAAUUAAGAGUACAAAAUAUUGAAAGUGCCAUUUUUAUAUAUUAUCUAUGUUUGUAAAAAUACAAUAGAAUUUAAAAUAUAAUUGAAAAUAUUGUGAGCAAUAAUUGUAAUAAAUGAGUAUUCUGUUAUCAGGAUAGGUAAAAUUUGACUCACAUUGAGUUUUGUAUACUGUGUUGCUAAUUAUAGUUUUACGUUCUGUAUAUAUUAUUAUUUUUUAAUAAAAUUACCAGUAAGAAAACUUGUAUUUUUAAU